ACUCAUUCCAAAGGAAACGGUGCCGUUAGGGAGCUUUCUGGAAGCUGAUUUUUCUGUUUUUACUUGUCUAUAAGAAUUGAUCUUCUUUCGUCUUCCUUCUUCGCUUUGUGGCAUUAUAUAAAAUCAGCAACAGUUCGUUUGCUUGAAGUGUAAGGCUGUUUUAGAUUCUUUGAUCCUAAACCUAAAAAUGGUUUUGAUUGAACCCCACCACACUGAUGAACAAGAAGAGGCCACGAAAGCCACUCAAUCAUCCAAAACGACGUCGGAUUCAACAGCCGCCGCCGCAUCAACAGAUGUGAACGAUGGAGAUGCUGCCUCUGAUGGAUUCGAAACAGCGAGCGAACGUGACGUCAGCGACAACGAAGAAGAUGACCACGCCCACGAUCAACAACCACCGGAACAGAAAGGUCCCGAUUCUUAUCAAGAUGCCUUAAACGAUGAAGAAUUGAAAGAGAAAGCUUUGGCGCAAGCAAACGAUGCGAAAAUGGAAGGAAAUAAGUUGUUUGGAAACGGCCAAUACGAGGAGGCAUUGUUACAGUAUGAGAUUGCUUUGCAAGUUACGGCGGAGAUUCCUUCUUCUGUUGAAAUUCGUUCCAUUUGUUAUUCGAAUCGCGCUGUUUGCUUUUUGAAGCUGGGGAAAUAUGAGGAAACCAUCAAGGAAUGUACAAAAGCAUUGGAACUUAAUCCUUCUUAUAUAAAAGCUCUUGUUAGAAGGGGAGAAGCUCAUGAAAAGCUUGAACACUUUGAAGAGGCUAUUGCUGAUAUGAAGAAGAUAUUGGAAUUGGACCCUUCUAAUGACCAGGCUAGGAAGUCCAUUCGUCGCUUGGAACCACUGGCUGCAGAGAAAAGAGAAAAGAUGAAAGAGGAGAUGAUUGGAAAGCUAAAAGAAUUGGGCAACUCUGUUCUGGGUCGAUUUGGGAUGAGCACCGACAACUUCAAAGCUGUCAAAGAUCCAAACACUGGCUCGUAUUCCAUAUCAUUCCAACGUUGAUAUGGUCACUAGUCACAAGCAAUAUUUUCUUUGAUGGUAUAUGCAGUGAGAAAAAGUGAAGGCAAACCUUUAGAACGAUAAAAGAUAAAAUCUUGGAAAGUUUGUUUUCUAUGCAUGAUACUGUUUUGCAAGUAAAACUGGAGCACUUGAAGUGUCCUAGUUCUGAAAGAACAAUUUUUUUUUACUUAAUGCAAGAGUCGCAUUGUGGUUGGUCUUUAAAUGUUCCUUCGCUUUAUAGUGAGUUGUAAAUCAACUGUCUGAACGUUUCUUGCCUGUGUGUUAUAAAUUACUUAUUACAUCAA